AUGUCAAUGCUCGUCAAUUUACCCACUGGUUGGCACGUCGACGCGGCGAUUCUUAGCGAAAAUGAUCGCGUUGUUAUAAUUCGAUUUGCAAAGAAUGGGCUGAGCCGUGAAACUCUUUCUAUUGACAGAAUCUUAGAAAAGGCGGCUCCCCUCGUUGCGGGGUUUGCCGCCAUUUAUUUGUGCGACACAAGCACAGUCCCGGACUUUGACGAGAUGUAUGCCCUUAACGAGGGGGGGGCGCCCUUCAACGUGAUGUUCUUUUGGCGUAAUAAACAUGUGAUGGUAGACUUUGGUACUGGGGAAAACAACAAGAUGGAUUUCUUAAUAAACAAUGUACAAGAAUUAAUUGAUAUAAUAGAAUGUGUCUAUAGAGGGGCCAUUCAGGGGAAAGGACUCGUUGUUGCACCAAGGGAUUAUUCGUAUAUGAACAAGGGAGGGCGGCGAGUAAGAGAGUGA